UUGUUGAGUGAACUCGGCCAUAACCUUGAAAAGUCGAAUUAUGCAGAGAAAUCACAUAAAAACAAGUGAAAUAAACAGUUUUUGGGAUUCAGUGCAAUAAAGGAUUCUAAAGCAUGAGAUAAUGUAUGUUUUAAACGUUAAUUGAGCUAUAAUUACCUGCGGGGACCGAAGAAUUGUGACACAGCAGCUCUUGUUUCUUUUUUGACCAAUCGCCACGUUAUACCGAGGGGUGGGAGAAGUUGUUGUGCUCAUGUGGGAUAUGAGUAAACAUUUUUCAAAGUCCUUUCGAUAACAUCAAACAUGUUGUCAUAAUUAAAUCGGAGCAGGUGAAAUGUGAGGGGAUGUGAUAGGUAGAUUCAAUUGUUAAGUUGUUUGUUGAUUUUUUAUUAAUACUUGGAAUACAAUUAUAUUCCAAGGGUAAAUAGGGAUGAAUUAACUCGUGCGAUUGAAAAUCAGUACUGUUUGAGAGUUUUUGGGGGGUGAAUCCAGGGAUUAUUCUGGUGAAUAUGAAGUCGAGCAAGAAUCUGAGCUCCGGAGGACACUGGGGGGAGUUGCCAGCCAGGGAGACGCACAAACAGGAAGUUAUCACUCCGGAUAUUAUUGAGAAUAUAUGGAGACAGGUGCUUGAUGAUUCUAAUGGAGCUGACUGUGAUUAUCAGACCGAGAGGCAAACGGAAUUUAUUCAACUCCCUAUGGAUAAUCCUCAUGUGCUGAACACAAUCCAACUCCAUAGUCAACUGAGUUCGAUGAACGAGGGAACACUCAUUCGAGGAGUGUCAGAGGUAGAUGAGCAGGAGUAUCCACAGAUGAAGAAACCGUCAAAUCCGUUCAAUUUUUUAUCACCUAGACCAGACAAAGCAGAGUUGAAGAACGUUUCCACGGUGCAUCAUUUGAAACCCUCGACGGCAAGAAGUUUAUUAAAACACGCGGUAAUCGUUCUCUCAGCGCAUUUAGGAUACCAAACAGCUUCUGAUGUUGCCAUUGAGACGUUAACAGACGUUGCCGAUCAUUUCCUGAGGAAAAUGACGUUGCUCCUGAAGGUUGCAUCUGAGCAAAGUGAGCAUGGCUUUCCAGAUGACAUGGAACGAGUGCUCGUUGAAACUGGUAUUGGUGGUGUAGUUGAUCUCCAUGAUUAUUAUCGAAAUUACGUGCUACGUCAUGAGCAGAAAGUCAAGAAGCAGGUGGAGAUGAAGAUGGAGGAGCAGAGGGAGAUGGAGCUCAGUGCGAGUGUCAAAAUGGAACUCGAUGAAGCAGUGAAUAAAAUACAAUUCGAGGAGCUAGACGAGUUCGGCAACACCUUCAGAGAAGCCCCAACGCUCCAGCUCCUCGACCCCGACAUGGGUUUUCCCCCGAGUCUCGACGCUGGCUUCCACAUUCUCCAGAGUCUCGAGCACGAUGAAUAACAGAACUCAAUGAAUUAUACUCUACUUAUUU